GGCACUUAAAAGUUUAAAAGCCUAUUUUUAAUAUUUUUUAAUCCUUAGUUCGGCUCUUCAGCCAAGUCCUUGGUUUCGUUUAGGGCAUCCUCGUUUCUUUGUAGUUUUUCCAGCCCACAAAAAAAAAAAAAAAAAAACCCCGAAAUGGUGGCUAGCUCCUAAUUGCAAGUUGCAACUGCCUUCUCUUUUCUCUUGACUCUCUGCUUCAUCUGCUUCUUCCCCUUCCUUCUCACGCUUCACCUGCUUCGUUCUUCUUCGUAUAAUCCAAGUUCUAACUCCGACUCUUGAAGCUACUGUUAUUUCAUUGGGCUCGGACAUUGGACCUGCGGGUUGAACUAGUUGGACCGGGAAGCGGACUGCCCCCCAGUUCGAUAUCGGGCCGGUUAUUAAAAUAUUGGUUUCUUCAGCUUGGAGUUUAACCCGCUUUCUGUCCAUUGUCGUGAUAAUUUGUACCUUUUAUGAUACUGAUUAUAUGAAUUUAUUUUCUUAGGAAGCAAGUUUUUUCCAAUUUGUGGUGAAGAAUUUUUUUUUUAUCAAUUGUUAAGAUUAUUAGGAGGAAAUGGACGCCCAAGCGAGGAACAAGGCGUUGUUUCGUGCUAAAUUGAAUGCUCAGAAGAAGGACAAGCGCAUAGAUUCUCCUCUUGUCAGGUACAAUGAAUCUGACCAACCUGUCUGUCGGGUUUGUGAUGUUGCUUUAAAAUCUGUAUCCCAUUGGGAUGUACACCAAGCUUCUCGUAAACAUCAUGAGGCAAUUAAUAACUUGAAAGCUAAAGCAGCUAAGCAUACUCAGGCUAGCAGUACACAACCUGGGUUGCCUGCAGGUUUUUUUGAUACUCAUGAGGCAGAGAAGCAAAAAACAGUAACUGUCAAGUUGCCAGAUCCUAAUUCAAACAAAGAGCCUGGAAUUUCAGCCCAAACUCAUGCUAGGGAGUCGCUAUAUUCGGAGAAUGAGAAAGACGGUUCACCUCAAAAUAUUGCCAUUCAAACCAAGAAGACUGAGCCACCUGUGUCAAGACAUGUCACUGUGUUAGAAACCAAACAAGUAAAGGGAUCUCUUCCUGAUGAUUUCUUUGAUAAAGAUGAAGCAAAGUCACCUGCGAAUGGUAUGAAGCCUUCUAAGGAGAAUAAACAGGCUUCAAUGCAGGCUACUGCUCCAGAAACUAAACAAGCAAAGGGAGCUCUUCCAGAAGGAUUCUUUGACAAUAAGGAAGCUGAUUUACGUGCUCGAGGAAUUAAGCCUGUUAAGAUAGAUGUCAAAGAUGAGUACAAGGAAUUUGAAAAGUUGAUUCAAGAAGAUUUGCGGGAGGUGGACGAUCGUAUGGAAGAAGAGGAGAUUGAUGCAGCUGAAAUGAUAGAAGAGGCUGAAUCUUUGGAGCAAAAGGUUUACAAGCAGAAAGUGGAAAUGUUGCGGAAGAGGAAAUUGGAAUUGGAAGCCACUAGAUCGAAUAAAUGUGGCUGGGGGACAAAAGCUGAUAGCAAGGAAUCUAACAGUGAAGAGUCUUCUAGUGAUGAUGACAGCGAUGAGAACUUUGCAGUUGAUUGGAGAGCUCAACAUCUAUGAAGUCUACUGCAAAUAUGAGCUGAUCCUGUUUUAGUAGCAGUCAGAUCGGGAACCAGAUCCAUAUACAUCUGUCUUUUAUUUUAUGACGCAAAGCAAGUCAGCCAUGCCUUUUGAGCUGAAGUAUAGCCAUAUUCAUCCGAGUGAACAUAGCGGCCAAGCCUUUUGUAUAUAUAAUUUAGAUGAUCUGUUGACAGUU